CGUUGGAGUGGUUGAAUUACAUAUUUAUUUAUUGAAUGGUUACUAGUAGAUAUAGUUAAGUCAUUUUGACAUUAAAAUGAAAAGGUUUCUUAAAAUAAGCCUUCAAUGCAACGGAGACGUUCUAAACACACCUUUUACACAUGUUUAGCAUUGUAUCUAUUUCUUUUGCAUUGUCAUUUGCUGGAGUACACACUCACACACUAAACGUGAACUUCUAUUCUGACCAUUGUGGGCUUGCAGCUAUUUUUUUAUUUACACAAUUCGGUGCAGAUAGUAUGUUGUGUUCCGAUAAUUAACUGCCAAUCGACCUGAGUGAAGCGCACAAUAGUUUGUUUGUUCUCUCGUUACAAUAUGGAUCUCAAAGCUAAUGUAAAAUUCUGGGUAACCUUUCACGUCUGCAAAAAAACCCAACAACUUUGUUUUAGUUGAACACGCACAUCCUGAGAGUCAGGCUUGCACUGUGGUUCAUGUGGUGGUUGUCGUAUGGCUCCCACAGGCAGUCGCUUCACUCAAACGCCCGGAAACGAGCGUUGUGCAACGCAGUGACACUCAGUGUCACGCAGUGUACAGAUGUGUCAAACGAUUGUCUGUCAUCGUGUGAAUUUUUAGAUUAAAAUAGGGAACGGACUCUAAGGGGGGGGAUCAGUGAGGAUUUUGAGGGGCCAGGUAGGAGUCUCACCCCCCGUCUUUUGGGGCUGAAUGCGAACAAAUGCGUGCUGGACUUGACCUCAAGACCCCGGGGACAGUGACCUGGGGGCAGUUUUUCUUUUUGCAAGUUUAGCACUCAAUCUGACACAUGUCAUAGUUGUGAGGGGUGAGGUGUUUUUUUGUGAUAUUUUGCUGUAUUGUAUCAUGUUUGGUAAGUGGUCGAUGUCUGUUUGUGAUUUUUCCUUUUGUCCCUCUCAGGCAGCGUUACAACUGACAAAAAAGGAACUUAAGCAAACAGGAAGUUAGUCCAUAAUGUGCUUUCUUAAUUUCUUGCAUGUCAUUUAGCUUUUUUUUGACACUGCCAAAAAAAAGCCAUUUAUUUGAAGUGCGAUGCCACAAAAGGAGCUUUUUAAUCACCGAUACUGUGCCGUAGUCUGGAUUCUACUGUAGGUGCGUAUGUGUCAGGGGCUGAGAUUCUGACAGUGACACUUCAGCUGCUGCCUUCCCCAUAUCGGUGCCCCCAUCUAUGUCUGGCGAUGACUACAACCCUGUCUCCCUCCGCAACAAAUCCAAGAGGAAGACUCGAGGAGGCGAUGGCACAAUGAGCCGGAGACGGAUCUCGGUCAAAGAGCUCGGCGCCCCGGACCACCAGGGCUGGUUGUACAGGAAGAAAGAGAGCAAAGGCUUCCUGGGCAUCAAAUGGAAGAAGUACUGGUUCGUGCUGAAGAAGACGGCUCUCUACUGGUACACCAACCAGCUGGCGGAGAAGGCUGAGGGCUACAUUGACCUCACCAACUUCAUGAUUGACAGAGCCAUCGAGUGCAAGAAGAAACAUGCGUUCAAAGCUUGCCACCCACACGUCCUGAUGUUUUACUUUGCGGCCGAGACCCACGAGGAUAUGAACUUAUGGUUGAAUAAGCUCGGGCUGGCCUCCAUUAAAUACCAGCCAAUAGAUCAAAACGCCGCAGUGGAGUGUUACAGUGAGGCCAGUGACCAUGAAGAAGCUGAAAGCACAGAGAUUCCCCCUCCCCCGUACUGUGAACAAACCCUGCGGGACUCCGUGGAUGCCUCCGGUCCGCCAGGAUCCUCUCAUCAGGAUACCCUUCCUCCCCCCUACUCGUCCGCGGUCCCCAGCGAAGCUAACGGUUCGUUCUCGUCGCCCGUCAGUACAAUGACAUCACAGAGCUCCACCUCGUCGCUCGCCAAGCAGCGGCAGUCCUGGUUGGACCUGGUGUCGCAGGCGGCCCCUCCCAGCGCAGAGGCCGCAGCGGCGGUGUGCUCCGUUCAAGUGCACUUGCAUACACCUCCGCGGUCGGGGGCGGGACACGGGGAUGAACCCCAGAUGCUUGGGAGCUCGUCUCAUUUGGGCCCCUCUGGGAUGGGGUCCGAUGAAGAAAGCCCCGCGGCACAGGGGGAGGCGCAGGCGGCGGUGUUGGGCGCUGAAAGCGAGGGGGAUAGUGUCAACGGCUCAGAUGAGAUGGAGAAGCUUUACAUUCACCUCAAGGAGGCCAGCCUCUCCCCACUAGGAGAUCGGAAACCAUCUACGAAGAGGGAAUUCAGGGCGUCCUUUGUAAAACGCUGAAAAAACCACGCCGUCAACGAUAAACUUCACUUCAUCAGGACUCUCAACAGCACGUUAAAGUCAAAAGAGGCGGACCUCCAGGCGAUAGAUCAUUUGCUGUCGGAACCGGGGCUCACCUCAGGAAUGUUCAGAGAGUGGAAGGACAACAAUGUGCCUUUGGUGCAGGACAUCUGUCUCAAACUGGACCAGCAGGUGGCGUCGGAGGCCACACAAGCUGCAGCAUCAGUCAUUGCUGCUCCAGUGGUGGAGACCAGUUUAUAAAGACUCCUCCUGGCUGGUUUUACUGGGUCUGGACUCGGGAGGACUUCACACAUUUAGGAGCCAUGCACACACUGCUGUUUUCAAUUGAGACUACUGUUCCGUAUCAGCAGACAUUAAAUACUAAUAGACAAGUAACUGGAUCAAUGAAGAAGUGUUUAUUUUUUAAGUUCCUAAAUGUAUAUAAUGCAGGUAUUUACAUUAUUAGCAGAUGACAUUAAAAUGUGAAAUGUGUCAUAGUGUUACUUUUACUGCAUAUUUGACGGAUUAUUGUUUUUAGGUUGUAAUUUCCAUGAUGCUAUUCAUGCAUUGUUUUACUAUUUGGAAUGAUGGUGUACAUUGUGAUAAUGAAGCCAUUGUUCCCCGCAUGGGGAGACUUGUUUUUACAGUAUGUUUUAUGCUUUGAUUUCAUCAGUGGUGAACCAAUUUGAAGUGUUACUGUUCAGUCAAUUAUUGGUGCCAUGUACCAUCACUGCCUGAUACACAUGUUUUAUAUUUUGAAUGGUAAAUGUUGUUUGCCCUAGAAAUGAUGUCAUCAUACUUGAACACCAGGGUCUGCGCUAAUUGAAUAAAUGUUGGUCACAAGUCGGGAUGAUUUCAAUUUUUAAAAGUUAUCGUAGAAAAUGCUAUGAAAUGGCUACAUUUGCAUUCCACUUAACCAAAACAAACCAUUUUAAAAAUGGAGAAUUCCAACCUACGCAGCAUUAACAGUCCCAUGCAACUUAAUAUUGUAUUGCAAACGUGGUAAAGACUUAACUGCCAACCAGUGCUGUGUGCAGUCUAUUGGGAAUUGAGGCUGGCUGUAGCACUUUGCAUUUAAACAUGAUGCAUGGUGUAAUUCUCAGGAAGACGAAUACGUGUCAUAUAUUCUGUAAGGGCCAAACCACCACAAUCCAGUCCAGCAAACCCAUCCUGCACUGAUUACACAUGGGAACGUCAUUCAGACAUCAGGUGUGAUGCAUAUUAUCCCAACAACAACAACAACAGGUAAUGGAAGGUGCAACAAAGAUGUAGUUUACUCUGGGUUUUGUUGGAUAUGUUGUUCCUGCUAAACAUGACGUCUGUGUAAAUAAACGUACAGUUUGUGUACUGUAAUUUAUA